AUUGUAUGCGUCGGUAUCCGGCGUAUCCGGAUUCGCCGCCGGGAGAAGAGGUCAUUGUUCCUGCAGCAUCCGCAGCGAUGGACCCGCCGACGCUGGCCUUCGAGAAGGAGGACUGCCGAUGCAACCGACCCCUCUUCGACCUCAAGUACCUCCGGACGCACCGCGCCAACAGCGUCAAGCUCAUUCGGUGUUUUCCGCACUGCUGCCCGUCGCACUCGUACGCCAACUUUUGCGCCACGUCGAUCGACCUCCGCGCGACGAACGCGCCGCCCGACGUCGAGAGCGACGUGGCCGUGCUGCGCUUCCAGACGACGUCCGAGUUUGUGUACAAGGUCGGCGACGAGCUCGAUGCGCAGGACGUGCUCUUGCACCUCCGCCGGUACGACGACAACAAGGCCGAGUGGAUCCCGAGCGAGUACCAGUACUACAACAAGGCGACGCAAACGAUGACGUAUCGCUUCAACCACAAGAACAACCUCGGGUGGCACUACGGCUGGAUGGGCACGUCGACCAAGGCCCACCGCACGUGCACGCACCAAGUCGUGGGCUACCUCUUGCGGAAGACGGGCGCGUCCUUGGUCGUGCUGGCGGUGACCGUCUCGCCGCCGUUCAUUGUCAUGUCGUACCGCCGAGCGUGCUACCAUUGCCAGAAGCACCGCGAGAGUGACGGUGACGGCGCCACGAACGCGACGCCGGCGCUCUGCGAGUGCGAAGGCGAGUUCAACGUCGUGCAGGGUCUCUCGAUUGAGUCGUCGCCCAUGCGCUCGACGCCGGCCCGGUCACCGGCGCCGCCGACCCGAGCUCUCCUGGACCCACACACGAUGGAGCGGCAGCUUGCGAUCCUCUUUGGCCUCUUGCAGCUGCCGCCGGCUCACGCUUUUGCGGCGCAACUGCACGCGGUCGAGGCGCGGUUGGCCAAAAGCCUCAUCUUGCCGCUCGGCGACCGCCUCGGCUUCUCGGCGUCGCGCAAGCGCGCGAUGGCGGUCCCGAUGCUCCCGACGCGGCGACCGGUCCUCUCGUCCGUCGCGCCCGACUUGAUUUCGCUCAAGUCGUGCGCCGUGGACUUGCUGCUCGCGACGCUCGGCGCCUUUGACGUGCUCUCGCAGAACGUCCAGCAGUUUACGCAGAGCACGGGCUUUCUCUUUGUGCGCGCCGACCUCGGCCAGUCGUACGUGGCGUGGCUCAGCAACUACUACCACCUCUUGAACGCCCGCCUCGGCGCCCUCGGCUCGCACCUCGGACACGUCGCGGGUCACAUUGCGCACGCGGUUAGCUCCGUGCCCGAGCUCCACGCGACGCGCCUCUACCUCGACGGGCUCGACGCGCCCGAGACGGCCAACACGGCUGGGUUCGACUACUACGUGGCCCAGCUCCGCGAAGUCUACAUGGCCGACGGAUCGCUGCGCACCCAAAUGGCGUCGCCCGUGACGUACUCGGCGCACUGGAUCCUCGACAAGGUCCUUGGGCACCGGUACAUGGACUCGAACCCGGACCUGGAUCCGUCCGUGGUCUCGCUGCUCCGGGUCGUCAUUAUGGGCUACAGCUUCCACCUCCGCGUCACGGACGUCGCGCUGCAGGUGCGCUCGGACCUCCACGCGUUCGAGACAGUGUGGUCCGAGUUUGUGCUGGAUGCUCAGCCCCGCGUCUUCCGAGUGUUUCCCAACGGCGAAUCGUCGAUGGCGCCCAUCUCGCAGCUGCAGCACGGCGACUACGUGGCCAUGCGUCUCGAUGCAGACACGCUCUCCCUCAAGCUCUACGGGUGGCCCAGCGACGGCAGCCGCGUCUGCUACAUGGUCCUCUUGCAGCUCUCGCUCGCGUCUCGGACGCUCGACGUGUCGGUGCGGCAGUCCUUCGUCGCAGGGCCCGUCGACGUGGCGACCAUGGUCGUCGAAGAGCGCUGCCAACAGUACCUUGUCGAGCACGAGGUCGAGGUGCUGCAGGUAGCAACGCAGUACGGACUGGUCGACGCGCCACCGCCGACGAUGGCGUAGUGUCGUCGAAAGACUUGCUUUUUUGGUUGUUAUAUAGAUAUAGGACUAGGCAUCCUCUGU